AUGGCAGAAGCAGAGACCACAAAACUUACAUCAGACGAGGUGCCUGCUUACAACGCCACCGCGUCAUCAAGAAACGAUGCUGCUUCUGAAGCAGCGAAUACGAACGAAUCACACGGCUGGCUUUUCCCUCUGGAACCUUUUCGUUUCAUUGGGGACCUCGCCCCCUCCAAAUACAAGUAUGUGCCGACGUAUGUGAAGGUAAUCCACAGCGUGCCUCACCUCGUACUCCUCAUCGGCACCGGUGCAGACGUGGCUUUGCUAGCUCGGAUAUUGAUGGAGUAUCGCAACUGGUACAACGUCACGCAUACCAACUUGGAGAUUUGUGUACUGAUUCUAUGCUUCUCAUAUGGCUUGUUUUGUUUGCAACAUUUUUUCAAGCACCUGGUCGAGUACAGCGCAGACCUGCAGACCAGAUCUAUCAGACUGCAAGCCAGCAGGAGUCAAGUGUCAGAGACUUUCAACGACACCGUCACGGAGAUGGAUUCCAUGUUGAACAAGUCGGCCGACACCCAGGCUUCGCUCGCGGAGCGUGGUCUGGAUUCCCACAGGCGCGACUUUCACACCUUCCUUCUGAAGGGCAUGGCGCGCAGACUGACCGGGUCCACGAUUGCAAUUUCGCCAGAGAGUUUCAUAUCCUUCAUUGUGCAGUACUUGGCCAUUUUCGAAGAAUGUGCUGUGGACCCGGUUCAUGAGCCAUACAUUCUAGCGACACAAGAAGAACUGCGAUCAACAUGUGCUUCAGCAGCUGAAGUUGCUGAGCUUGUUGGAAACCGUGCGAAGGCCAAAGAAGUAAGGUUUCUUGGCAGCCGCGUCGAGGAAGCAAAGAAGAAAGCUUCGGGACUGCGUCAAAAAUGGAAGAAGGUCACGCAUGUGCCGAGAAAGGUUCUGCGUUUGACUGGCCUCGGGCGCUGGGUCAAGCGAAGAAAGAACCCAAAGACUGGAGAUGAAGAAGAGGGAUCCUUUGGAACAUUUUCGCACGACGCCGUCGCGGAACCUCGUGAGCUGAAGUGGUUCCGAAUUGAUAUCGGAUGUGGAGUCGGUAUUGAGACAGCAGGAGAUGAAGAUGAAGGGUCUUUUCCAGUUCAAAUCCACGGCUUCUUAUUUUCCUGCACCGUUCUGUCGCCUGAACACGUCCAGUUGUUGGUGAGCAUCGUCACUGGAAUACCAUUGCUCAUUCUGAGCUGCGUGGCGGUGAGGGAGUAUUCUCGAGCACUUACGUGCUCCAUCGCAGUCGCAUUGCUUUGCACAUCUUUCGUUCUGUAUGAUUUCCUGGAAAUCGAUGCAGUGCAGAGAAUGGAGAUCCAGAUUCAGGAAAUGCAAGCUGCUGUGGCCAUGGUUCAGCAGAGACGUGAAAGGAUGCUUGAGUUUUUCGGAAAACUUCAUCAGCUUGCGGAUUUAUGGCUCUAUCGCACAUUGCCACGCUUGGAGUUCAUGAAGCUGCUGAGUGAGUCGCUUCAAGACGCAGAAGAUGCCGACAUGGCGAAACACUUGCAAGAGAUUGUCGCGAAGGUGGAAAUUCUGGAAGACUCCCUAAUGCCACUGUCGGCAUGGGAAUCCGACCAACUUUCUCGGGAAACAAAGAAAGGCCUUGCAGACAGCAUCACAAGGCUUACCAGAAGCUCGGCAGACGAUGCCUUAAAGCAGGUGCCGACAGUAUCGAAGGAGAUGUCUGAAAUCAAGAUCCGUCUGCUGGCCGCACCACCACAGGGAGCGGAAGCUUGA